AUGGACCAAACGAAAUUGAGCCGAGCUUGCCAAGCAUGUCGUACUUCGAAGGUGCGCUGUAGGAGAUCAGAUGAUGAUCGGUCGUGUGCACGUUGUAGCAAGGCGGGCAGAACUUGCGUACCUUUCGAGGAGUCGAACAAAAGGCAGAAGCGAUUUGACAGCAGACCCAUCGAUGCUAUCGAAGCAAGACUAGGCGUGUUGUUUGAUGCUGUACAAGACCGAGACGCAUCGCCUUCUUCUGCAGCUCAGGCCUUUACGGCGGAAGGAACGACGGUGCUAGACCCACCACUGGCGACUGCUGUCUUGGACUCCAACCGAAUCACGGAUGCCUCUUACUCGUCUCCGACAGAUUGUUCUAAUGCCCAUGUUGAGACGUCAAUCUGCGGCAUCAUCGAUGAUGAAACGGCAAGCAUGAUCUUUGACCAUUUUGGGGCGGAUAUGCUGCAGCAUCUUCCCUUAAUGACAAUCCCUUUGGGCAUGACUGUUGAAGAAACCCGGCAGCAUUCGCCCGUUUUGCUUCUGGCCAUCCUAGACGCCGCAGGUGAUGGCUUCUAUGGCUUAGAUCUCGCGCGAAAAUUGCGUAUACUCCUCGUGAAGGUGUACUCUGCUCGUUUGCUUGACUCCAGUGCAUACAGCAUGUCUUUACUACAAGCCUUUGCCAUAUCUAUGGUAUGGUUUAAGGAUCUCGAGUCUCUGCAAGCUGGUGAAGAGAUGGAUGUCUUUCACAUCACUCAUGCAGCUGCGAAUAUGGCUAUAAUGAUGGGCUUGGGAAAGCGUUUGAGGGACUGGUCGUGGAGCACGAUGAUGCCGCGCCAGACAGACAACCUUCGUGGCGCUACUAGCGAGUGCCAGUUCUCUACUCUCGAAGUAAGGAGAAUGUGGUUGGCGUGCUACUACAUAUGCGUGAAUACAUCAUUGGCAUCGCAAACACCGAACGCGAUGCCUUGGAAUCGUCAGAUGGAUGAAUGCGACGAUCAUUCUCUGGUUGGGGUGCACUAUGGCCCACCCGGAAGCUUGUAG